AUAAAAAGGCAAACCGCGAAUCAGGCUGGCCAUACAUACAACUAUAAAAAAUAAAAAAUAAAAAAUAAUUUCAACGAACAGGUACCGUGAGGACGGUGAGGUGAACCCCUGCCUUCAGCUACGGUCAACCCAAGGAGCUUCUGCUGGUCUUGGUCUCGGUCCUCACCGUGCGAUGAAAUACACAUCGACCGACCAACCGAAACUUAGAUGGACCCCUCCACACCCUAUAACUUCUCAAUGCUCUGCUUCCUGGGCCCCACACCCCCACGUUCCACUCCCCAUUAUGCGCAUUCAUUUCCCGCAGCAACUUUGAUCCCACACCGUCUCCUGAUCCUGGCCGUCCAUCAUGAUCCCACCCCACCUCCAUCAAAACGAAAGAGCUCGUCAACCAUCCGACGGUGGAAAAUCAGCGGAGCCAAAUGAGGCGAGGUGGGCGGGGGAGGUGGGGGUAACAUACAACUUUACGUAAGUAAACAAAGUGCAUCUGGUUUGACCAAGACCACACCAAACGAAUAAAAAUUAAUAAAAUUAAUAAAUAAAGUAAGCAGCUGACGUCGCCCAUCCUUUGACUCUCUCUCUCUCUCUCUCUCCUUUCAUAAACCACCUCUCUUCUCCCUUCUUCUCCUCCAUCUCUGUAGAGCCAUUUGCUUCUCUCUCUAGAGAUGGGGAGGGACGAUCUGUACAUCACGGUGCCGAGCUUGUUCCGGUGCCCAAUAUCUCUGGACGUGAUGAAGUCCCCUGUGAGCUUGUGCACCGGCGUCACCUACGACCGCGCUAGCAUCCAACGGUGGCUGGACGGCGGCAACAACACGUGUCCGGCCACGAUGCAGGUCCUCCACAGCAAGGACUUAGUUCCCAAUCACACUCUCCAGCGCCUUAUCCAGAUCUGGUCGGACUCCGUCCGCCGCCGGUCUAUCCCCGGCGAAGCUGCGGUGUCCUCUCUCAAGCAAGAGCACUUGCCGGAGUUGGUCACGGAAAUCGAGAAAAUGUCCGAGCAGUGCUCCGAGUGCGUGUCGAGAAUCGCUUGUUUCGCGCAAGAAUCUGAGGAAAAGCUCAAGUUUCUUGCGAGAGUCCCUGGCUUCGUGCCGGCGCUUGUCAACAUUCUCAAUAAACGCAGGGGUGAUGCUGCUCGUGAAAAUUUUGAUUUAGCUGUUAAAGUUGUCAGGCUUUUGGAUAUGGUUGCAAAGGAGUACGAAGAUAAAGAGGAAUUGAUGAGAUUGACGUUGAAAGGUGAUCGAGAUUGCUUGUCUUCGUUGCUUUUCGUUUUGCAACGAGGAAGCACGGAAUCGAAAGUUGGAUGUGUUCGGAUUCUGGAGACGAUCGCCAUCGACGCCGAAUCGAAGCUUCAAAUCGCAGGGAAAGAUGGGUUGCUCUCCGAAUUGCUGGCUCUGGUCGGAACAGAGAGCACGGAUCAAACCAUCAUAGAAGCUGGUUUAUCUUGCUUGAUCGCAAUAUCGAUGCCGAAGCGCAUCAGGUCCCAAAUCGUCAGCUUGGGAGCCAUAAAAUUGGUGGGGAAGCAUCUUUCCGAAUCGAAUUUAAGCGUGUCGAUUACGGAAAAAGCUCUGAAACUGCUGCAAAUGUUGUCGUCGUGCAGAGAAGGGAGAGCAGAGAUCUGCGAGGACCCGAAAUGCGUGGGGGCGAUUCUGCAGAAGGCGAUGAAGGUGUCGAACGCGGCGACGGAGCAUGCGGUUACGAUUCUGUGGAGCAUAUGUUACCUGUUUCGGGAUCAAAGGGCUCACGAGGCGGUGACGAAGAGCAAUGGGCUAACCAAGAUCUUGCUGUUGAUGCAGAGCAAUUGCUCGGUGGAGGUGAGACAAAUGGCAGGGGAUUUGCUGAAGAUUUUCAGAGUGAGCUGCAAGUCCUGUCUUUCCAGUUAUGAUACGAAGACCACCCAUAUCAUGCCAUUUUGACUCUCUACUUGCUUUCACAGUUCCAGUUUAGUGUUUUUUUUUUUUUUUUUUUCAAUUUUUCCCAAAUGAAUUUAAGCCUAAGCUUUCUAGAAGAUGGUGAAAGGGGAGGGGAGAGAGGGAGAAAGGGGGAGAGGUUCUGUAAAUGGAGAACGAAUUUUGUUAACAUAAUGCAGGAGGGAAUUCAUUUCAUUAGCCA